AUGCCACCUACCAGAUCAUACGCUGAGUUUCCUGUUAAACCCGUCAAUCCUCAUCUGCCAUUGCCACUGCCAGGUUCAACGAAACAGACCGGGUUGCUUUGCCCAUCUUGCAUCAAACGUCACUCCACAUCAUACUUCAAGCCCAGUAGACAAUCAAACGAGCCACUAAUAGGUGUUUCUGUGAGUGAGAACGUUACUUCAUAUAGAUGGGAGCUGACUUAUAUGCUUCAUACACCUAUCAAGUGCUGUGCCGGCAGUUAUAUCCGAUCCUAUAGCCUUGCACAAGCAACAGACGCGGUCCUAGCACACAACCUAAGCAUACAAGAACGCACAUUAAACAACCUCACGACAGCCCAAGAGCGAGCCGAUCAUCAAUUCGCAAUGCAAGUAUCACAAUUGAUUAACGGCGAUAUGCCAGGUGCCAACAACAUGGCGCUGAACGAAAAUGGAUCAAAUGGAUCAAAGAAGAAGGCGUUACCUUCGAAUCUUCAGUGUAACGGACACAACAAUUGUUUUGCUACUGGCCAAACCGAUCGAAGAAAUGCAGGAUGUGCCAUCAAGGCGUGCCGACACUGUUGCGAACAGCUCAAGCCCGCAAACAUUAGAUGCUCAAAGCAUAAUGCAAUGAAGAAAACCAAACCAACAGUGACAGUGAUCAAACAAAAUCGCGAUGCAGGACCUACGAAUUCCGCCGCGCCAAAUUCAACACAGCAGCCGCCAGACAAUGUUGACACCCCCUCAACAGAUCAUGAUCCGACCCUCACCCAAGGUCCACCACCAUCUCAACACCAACGAUUAACCCAAGCGAGUCUAACGUUUUCAAGCCCACUAACCGCCGCGCAGGUUACCAGGUUUCGAACAACGACUAUCCAGAAGCAGGCACAAGAACGCGAAGAUAAGGAUCACGCGAGACUCGCCGAGAACACCAUAACGUUUGUGGUGUGGGGUGGUUUUGACGAUGAAGACCCCUUGGCCUUUGAAACAUGGCGUGUAUAUGCUCCACGUUGGCCUGACAUGUCGCUAAACACGUCAGACACGCUGAUGGAGCAUGUUCGAAACAAAUUUGGUGUCCACUGGAACGGAGACCUUCGUGUAUGGAUACCUGAAGAAAAAACCUGGGUGAAGAUGCAAACAUCCAUAGUAGAGGGGUAUAACCCCACUUAUCGUCGCAUCCUCAUUGUUUUCCCUGGUAUCAAACUUGCCGAUUGUAAGGAACUAGAAGCCAAUAAGGAAUUAGUUCGUACCAUGACAUCAAUGCAGAAGAUGGAUAUGGUCAAGGUAAUCAGUCCUUUGGCAUACAAGCGCUUCCGCACCCCAACGCCGAUGAAACACACCAAACAAUAUUGUGUAAUAUCGGACGAGGAAGAAGAAGAAGACCGCAUUGAAAGUCCAUCCAGCAGUCUGCCCGCUCAAGAAGGUAAUGACAUUGGCACCGUAACAAACCCACCCGCUCCCACACCUCAAUUACCUUCAAGUCCUUCAGUCGCCCACGCAGCCAAAACUUCCUCAAAAGUAAAAGGAUGGCCCACAUCACCUAGAAUAAUUACCAUGGAAUCGCUAUUGCGAUUCUUCACACUAACGCUAGAGCCUCUCGAACUCACAAAUCAAGCUGCUUUCAAGCAGGUGUAUGGAACUGACUAUAAGUUCAAAAAGUCCACCGUCUCCAAAUACCACCGGUGGAUUGAGUCAAUUACACCGAAGAGGUUCUCCGCUUUCAUCAAAGAGAAUGGAAAAAAUUGUACCGUGACUGAUGGUUUAGACUUCUUCAAGGCCGAGUGGAAGGACAUGGACAAACGAGUUCCAAACGCUUAA